AUCAUAUUGGAUGUGUUUUGUCUUGUUCACAGAGAUCAGAAGUUUACCAAAAUAUCAACAUUUAGUUAGUUCCACCAACGAAUGCUUAAAUCACAUUGUAGACAGUCAACACUGAUAACAGGUGUAAUGAUUCGAAUUAAAAGUUGCACGGAAGGUGAACCACAAGAAGCGUUUUCUAUUAGAAAUAAUCUGCGUCAUUUGCCAGUUGCGACACGGGAGUCGCACACAACCAAAAUUGUAUGUAAAGUGAAUGUGGGCUGGUGAUUGCUUCGAACUGUUAUAGAGGAAACAAAGCAAUAGUAACUAUGCGGCAAGCACAGCACAUCCGAACGUUAGGGUUUUGGCUAGUGCUACUUCAGAUCCUAGCAAAGAGCGGAUUUGCAUCUUCAGGAAGUGAGGAUUGCACUGCUGUUGCGAAAGACGAAGAGACAUUGUUGGUGUUUUCGACGCUUGGAGGUGGAUUGACGGCAAUCGAUCCGCUGUCCGGAGAAACUAGAUGGUCGAUGAAAGAUGAGCCGGCUAUUCGGGUUCCUUCGUUAUCAGAAAUGAAUCCGCAUUACUUACCGGAUCCGCGGGAUGGAAGUCUGUACACCUACCGGAACCCGGAAGGAGGAUUGAAGAAGCUACCGUACACUAUUCCACAGUUGGUAGCCAGUGCACCGUGCCGUUCCAGUGACGGAAUAUUGUACUCCGGGAAGAAAAGUGAUGAUUGGUUCUUGAUUGAUCCAAAAACCGGUCGCCGGGAAAAGGUAUUGGGUUUCGGAGCACCCCUGGACCGGGAUAAAGCUGAAUCCAUUGGGUGGGCAACCUCCCGAGCGGUGUACCUUGGUCGCACGCAGUACACCGUCAUGAUGUACGACAGCAUGGACCGAAAUUCUAAACCGUGGAAUGUGACGUUUUUUGACUACACAUCGCACUCAAUGGCCCCAGAUCUGACGAAGGAGUACGAAUUUCUCCAUCUCACUAGCAGUUCCUCCGGGCUAACUGCUACCUUCGAACAGAAGAAGGGCACGCCUCUGUGGCAGAAAGAUUUAUCCACUCCGGUGAUAGCCGUAUUUUUACUCGGAUCGGAAGGUCUGCUGAGUGUACCCUUUCAAACUGUAUCCGAUGAGGUCCUGCACGAAGUAAACGAUCGAGCGCGAGAUGGGAAUUUCGACAAUUUAAAACUUUUUCCAACAGUUUACGUGGGUGAAACGUCAAACAACAUCUACGCAAUUCCAUCGCUGGUCGAUAAGAACACUGCCACACUGCCAUCGGAACCGACAGUACAUCUGUUGGGUGGUCCACGAAGGGAAGCCUUGGAUAGACCCAUCUCGGGAAAGGAGCUUAUUGCAACUGAAACGGCUCACAUCCAGAAUGAUAACAUAAUCAUUCUGGGACAUUAUCAACCGCCGAAAACGGACGAAAGUCUUAAAUUGGAUAUAUCUCCGGGAAAACUAUACAAGGACAGUCGGCUGUCGACUGUGCUAUUGGAGUUCAAUAAUCUGCCGGCUUCGCAAAUGGGAAAAACGAAAACAAUAGGAAUUCAAACGGAUGACGACGGUAGCCGCUUGAAUGUGACGGCCGUUUCGAACGAUACUAGUUUGAAAGCGCUGAUUGGUAGACUGUACAAAGAUGUAAACUUUUGGUUGGAUUCUCAACCGAACAAAGGGCCAACGAUUAUGUUUAUAGCAAUGUUCGGGGUGGUGGUUUUUGGAUUCUGGUAUUUUCACAUGCAGAUGAAAGCCUUGCAAGAGCAGAGUCAAAAUGGUUCACAGACCAAUUCAAACCGUAGUAAUGAUAGUAACUAUACCGAACCGAUUGAUUUCGGUGACGGAGAGAUCCGAGUCGGUAAAAUAAACUUCAACACCCAGGAUGUUCUCGGUAAAGGUUGCGAGGGAACAUUCGUUUUCAGGGGUACAUUCGAGAAGCGGAACGUUGCUGUGAAACGGAUUCUACCGGGUUGUUUUACACUGGCGGACAGGGAAGUCGCUCUGUUGCGGGAGAGUGAUGCUCACGAAAAUGUUGUAAGAUAUUUCUGCACCGAACAAGAUCGACAGUUCCGGUACAUUGCGGUUGAGCUGUGUGCCGCUACGUUACAGGAUUAUGUCGAUGUGAAAUCUGCGGAAACACUGCAGCGGCAGAUAUCCGAGUUAGAAAUACUGUACCAAGCGACAAGUGGCCUAAUGCAUUUGCAUUCAUUGAACAUCGUCCAUCGUGACAUCAAACCGCAGAAUAUUCUGCUCUCGUUACCGGAUAACAGAAAACGGGUGCGAGCAAUGAUCUCAGAUUUUGGACUGUGUAAAAAGCUUAACUACGGGAAAGCCAGUUUCUCACGACGAUCCGGUGUUACGGGAACGGACGGUUGGAUUGCACCGGAAAUGCAGCGUGGUCAUCGAACCACAACAUCAGUUGAUAUAUUCUCUCUGGGAUGUGUGUUUCAUUACGUACUCUCCGGAGGUAGUCAUCCGUUCGGGGAUCCACUGAAACGUCAGGCAAACAUUCUGUCCCACGAGUAUAGCCUUCAUACGGUUCACCGGGAAGGCAAGAUGAGCAACAGUUCGGUGCUGGCCGAACAGCUCAUCACAAAUAUGAUCGCGGUCGACCAAUCGAAGCGGCCUCCCGCGACAGCUGUACGGAAUCAUCCGUUGUUCUGGGGUAACGAACGGAUUCUUUCGUUUUUGCAAGAUGUUAGCGAUCGGGUAGAAAAGUCAGAAAUUUUCGCCGACCCACUGCGAACGCUCGAACGCAAUGCUCGGUUCGUUGUGAGAGAAGAUUGGAGUUUACACUUGGACCAAGAAAUCACCAGUGACCUACGAAAAUACAGAGGAUAUCAGGGCUAUAGCGUAAGAGAUUUACUGCGCGCGCUGCGCAACAAAAAACAUCACUAUCACGAACUAACGCCCGAAGUGCAGCAAGCCCUAGGGACCAUUCCGCAUGAUUUCACCAACUAUUGGAUCAGUCGAUUUCCCCAUCUGCUGUCGCACGCGUACCACGUCCUGGCAGAACACUCGCAUGAAGCAAUUUUCCGUCCGUAUUACAAUGAUGACGUUGAGUAUCAGUUCACGAAACCCGUAUACUUCGAUGAGUUGGGUAACGAAAACUACGAUCUGAUUCGGUACUACGAAACGGCUCAGAAACUGAAAGCCGCCCAAAGCCCUAAGCGGAAACCCGGCGUCCAGGACUCGAUGGACGGGGUUCUCUUUAAGGCGCAAAACAAUCGACGAGGAGCAUAUAAUUUCAAUAGAAAUUCGACUGGAAACACCAGCUUCAUCACGCGAGAACAGAUGACAGGCGCUGGGGGGACGAAUGUCGUUACUGCUGCGAAGACUACUAUCGAAGGCGUUAGCUAUGCGAAUGUCGUGGCGGAAAAAGUAGAUGAAGCGGACGAUUUCGUGACGGUUGUUCACAGUAACAAUCGCCGGAAGGGUAACAGUAAUAGCUCCGUUCGGCGGAGGGAAAGUGGCAAGGUAACGUGGAAUCUGAAUCCACAGGCAGAGUGAAUUGCGCUACCGGCGCAUGCGAGGUAAUAGUUUAUUUAUGUAUUUUAUGUUGUUAUUAGUUGAAUCCUCUAUAAACCUAUGUUUCAUAGAAGGAUCUUAUUAGGGAAAAAAUGUUUCUUAUGACCUUACUUCACUGCAAAAUAGGCUUGCGCUUUAGGUUUUUAAUAGUAGUGUCUAUUAUUUAAAUGUUUGAUUCUAUAUUUGGCAACAUUAAUGCUAAUUACGGUUAUUGAGUAGUAUUUUUCUCAGAGUUUUUCAUAUUAAAUUAAUCACAUAAGCAGGGUUUAAAUUUUUAUCACAUUUACUUAUUUAUCGCACACCACACGUUUUAUGUUUUCACAAUUCAAAGACAAUAGUUGCUGUUUUGAUGUGAGUUUUCUUACUGGCUUUAGGACAUGAACGACAUUCGAUAGAAUAGAUGUUUCAUUUUUUUUUUUGAGAAGACAAGGUUGAUUGUCGUGUAUCGCGCGAACAUUCCUUAAUCAUUUCCUUUGCUGGUGCAACCACAUUGCCGGUUUCUGUUUGCGAGGGAUUUUCCAACUGUUAGAUAGUUUAUUGGACAGAGACAGAGACAGAAUUGACUGAACAAACCCCGUUUCCUUUCGGUUUAAGGGAAGAUUCUCCUUUAAACCGGGUUUCUCGUUACUUUAUCGCGAGCGAGGAUAAAAAAAAACUAUGGAUUGGCUAAUCUUCAAUUUCUAUGUAGUUAUUAUUCGUUAUGAGAGACUACUACAGUGUAAAUUUAAUGUAGAAAUAUUGAGUUAUCCCUGAGAUAUGGUUGCUCAAAGUGGGUGGAGACACAGGAGUUGACCCUGGAACAAAUAAUAUUAUAAGUGUUUCGUUUGUUUUUGAAUUCUUUAUGUUUUCAUACACCUAUUGGUGUAAUAAUGCUUUUCUCAUAUUAUUUAUUAUCCCCUAGAUAAAACAGAAGGAUUAAAAAAAAUUAUGAAUUAGAAAAGUUUAUAAAACAGUUUCGAAAAUUUCGUUUGCAUAAUACUACUACAUACAGACACAUGGACUGAAAAGUCCCAGACUUAAGAAAGAGAACACGUUUUUUUUUCAUUCAAAAUGAACCUUAUUCAUCAACGUAAUCUCCAUCAAGAGCAACGCAAUCAUUCCAGUGCCGCUAUAACAUUUCAAUACCGCUUUUGCAGAACGAUUCAUCUUUUGACUCAAAAUAGGUCUCAGUUAACCUCUUCAUUCGUACUAAAUUUACUACCGGCGAGCUUUUUUUUUCAGCUCUGCGAACCGUCAGUAGUCGCUGGGAGUCAAAUCUGGCGAAUACGGUGGAUGUGGGAGCAAUUCGAAGUUCAAUUAAUUAGUUAAAAA